GUCGUCUACUGACAGCUCGCUGCCGCCGGCCCCCGUCAGCCUGCGCAGGUCUAACGCAACAGGCAGAGGGAGUUCUUUACUCCUGCAAGAGUGCGAGGCACGAAGGCGCAGGCAAGACAUCGGAAAAAAAUAGGGGAAAGUAAACGUCUCCUGGGAGGAGAGUCUCCGAGGUGUAAACAGUUCGAGGCCGCAGCGAGUCCCGCAGACUGGCUGGCUGCCAGCCGUGAACGGGCUGGUCGUGAUGGAGUCCGUGUGAACGCACUGCGCUGCUCCGCUCCUUGCGCUGUGGCGGCGGCAGUAGUAUAACUGGGAUAGCCUCGGAGAGGCAAGCAGAAGAAAAGGGUCAGACGCCACUAAAAUGAGAUGUAGGCAACCGUCAAGGUGGUCUUUACAGCUCAGGAGUCGAGAUGACAUGACCCCAACUACACUGAGACGCUAAAACUGAAGAGGAAGCCCUGUUUGGAUUUAUUAAAUAAUAACUGCAUCACCGCUGAGAUCGAUGAGGACGAGUUGAAAACGGAACUGAAACUCCGCGAGUCAACACAUCUCUUCUAAAAAGAUAUCCCAGCCAUAGAUGCAGCAUUAAAUACUUGCUAUCAUUUUAUGACAGUUCCUUUUUGGCAAUGAGUUGGAUGUAAUCCUCUGAGAAGUAUGGCCUGCAUUACAGUGCCUGACACAGAUCCGCAGCCAUACUCCAUGUCUCAGCAGAAUGGUGAUAUUCACAGGAGUCCACAGACUCCAAAGCAGGUGACAGCUGGUCUGGUGCUUCAUCUGUACUUUACACAGAAUAAACCAGAAGGGGAUGACAUUGUUUUUCAAGCAGGGGAGUAUGUGGCAGAAAAUAUUUGUGUAGAAGCAGCAAAAGCAUGUGGUGUCACACCGGUGUACCAAGGCAUGUUUGCUCUCAUGAGAAAGAGUGAUCGGGUUUGGUAUCCACCCAAUCAUGUCUUCCAUUUGGUUGAUUUAUCCAGCGAAACUGUGGUAUUUCGAAUCAGGUUUUACUUUCCUAACUGGUACAGCAGUGUAGGCAGCAGAGCCUAUCGUUAUGGAAUCACACGGGGAUCGGAGAGUCCAGUCCUCGAUGAUGCUGUCAUGUCUUACCUGUUUGCUCAGUGGAGAGAUGACUUUAUCAAUGGCUGGGUGAAAAUUCCAGUGACUCAUGAAACACAAGAAGAGUGCCUUGGAAUGGCUGUGUUGGAUAUGAUGAGAAUAGCCAAAGAAAGGGACCAGUCACCACUUACAGUGUAUGAUUCCAUCAGCUACAAGUCUUUCUUGCCGAAGAGUGUUCGAGCUCAAAUCCAGGACUACCAUAUAGUGACCCGGAAGCGAAUUCGCUACAGAUUUCGAAAAUUUAUUUGCCAGUUCAGCCAUUGUAAAGCCACAUCUCGAGAUCUCAAGCUCAAAUACCUCAUGAAUCUAGAAAUGUUGCAGUCUGCCUUUUACUCUGAGCUUUUUGAGGUGAGGGUGCCCAAUUCUGCCACUCCAGGGGAAGAAGCCUUUGCCACGAUCAUUGUUUCAGGCAAUGCAGGCAUCCAGUGGUGUCGAGGGAAGCACAGAGAGAGUGAAUCCUUUUCAGAGCAGGAUUUGCAGACAUACUGUGAUUUCCCCGACGUUAUUGAUAUCAGCAUCAAACAAGCCAACAAAGAUGAAUCAACUGAGAGUCGAGUCGUUACCAUCAACAAGCAAGAUGGAAAAAGUCUGGAAAUGGAAUUUCCAUCAUUAGGAGAAGCACAUUCCUUUGUGUCAUUGAUUGAUGGGUAUUUUCGGCUCACUUCAGAUGCUCAUCACUAUCUUUGUAAGGAAGUGGCACCACCCCGAUUACUGGAGGCAAUACAGAGCUUUUGCCAUGGCCCAGUUUCGAUGGAGUUUGCCAUCAAUAAACUGAAAAGAGCUGGAAAUCUAAAAGGACUUUACAUUCUGAGAUGUAGUCCUAAAGAAUUUAACAAAUAUUUCAUCACUUUUGUUGUCGAGCGUGAUAGCAUAUUUGAGCACAAACACUGCCUGAUCAAAAAGAAUGAAGUUGGCGAGUACUACCUUAGUGGUGCAAAGAAGAAUUUUGCCUGCCUUAAGGAUCUUCUGAACUGCUACCAGAAGGAGACUGUGCGCUCAGAUGGCAUCAUCUUCCAGUUUCUUAAGUGCUACCCACCAAAGACCAAAGAAAAAUCAAAUCUUCUGAUCUUUAGAAGCAACAAGGGCUCUGAAGUACCAUUGUCCCCCAUAAUUCAGAGGCACAACGUCAGCCAGAUGGUUUUCCAUAAAAUCCGUAAAGAAGAUUUAGAAAUUAAUGACAGUCUGGGACAAGGGACAUUUACAAAGAUUUACAAAGGAUUAAGAAAAGAACUGGGAGACUAUGGUGAGAUGCAUCAGACCGAAGUCAUCGUAAAGGUCCUUGACAGAACUCAUAGAAAUUAUUCCGAAUCUUUCUUUGAAGCUGCAAGUAUGAUGAGCCAGCUUUCCUAUAAACACUUAGUGUUGAAUUAUGGGGUCUGUGUAUGUGGAGAAGAAAAUAUUAUGGUGCAAGAGUAUGCUAAGUUUGGAUCACUUGACACAUACCUGAAAAAGAACAAAAAUUCAAUUAACAUCAUGUGGAAGCUAGAGGUUGCAAAACAGCUGGCAUGGGCAAUGCUUUUCCUGGAAGAAAAAAGCCUUGCUCAUGGGAAUGUGUGUGCCAAAAACAUUUUGCUGAUAAGAGAAGAAGACCAGAAAAGCGGCAACCCUCCUUUUAUAAAGCUUAGUGAUCCUGGAAUUAGUAUCACUGUUCUGCCAAAGGAGGUUCUCAUUGAGAGAAUUCCAUGGGUACCUCCUGAGUCUGUUGAAAAUCCCAAAGGCCUAAAUCUGGCUACUGACAAAUGGAGUUUUGGUACAACUUUGUGGGAGAUAUGUAGUGGUGGUGACAAACCUCUUAUGACACUUGAUUCUUCAAAGAAGCAUCUGUUCUAUGAAGAUCGACAUCAGCUCCCAGCCCCAAAAUGGCCUGAACUAGCCAACCUAAUUAACAGUUGCAUGGAUUAUGAGCCUGAGUUCAGGCCUUCUUUUCGUGCCAUUAUCCGUGACCUCAAUAGCCUCUUUACACCUGAUUAUGAACUACUUGUUGAUAGUGACAUGCUACCAAUCAGGACAUUUGGAUUUGGAUUAGCUGGUGCAUUUGAGAAUCAGCUCUCUGCACAAUUUGAAGAGAGGCAUUUAAUAUUCUUGCAACAACUUGGAAAGGGCAACUUUGGCAGUGUAGAAAUGUGCCGGUAUGACCCUCUUCAGGACAACACUGGGGAAGUUGUAGCAGUAAAAAAGUUGCAGCACAGCACUGCUGAACACCUGCGAGACUUUGAACGUGAGAUUGAGAUCCUCCAGUCACUCCAACAUGACAACAUUGUGAAAUACAAGGGCGUGUGCUAUAGUGCAGGCAGAAGAAACCUGAGACUAAUAAUGGAAUAUUUACCAUUUGGAAGCUUGCGAGACUACCUAAACAAAAACAAAGAAAGAAUAGAUCAUAGAAAACUCCUUCACUAUGCAUCACAAAUAUGCAAGGGAAUGGAAUACCUUACACUGAAAAGGUAUAUUCACCGUGAUUUGGCCACCAGAAACAUUCUGGUAGAGAGUGAGAACAGAGUAAAAAUUGGAGACUUUGGACUAACCAAAGUUUUACCACAAGACAAAGAGUAUUACAAAGUCAAAGAACCUGGAGAAAGCCCUAUUUUUUGGUAUGCUCCAGAGUCAUUAACAGAAAGCAAGUUUUCUGUAGCAUCUGAUGUAUGGAGCUUUGGAGUAGUACUGUAUGAACUGUUUACAUACAGUGACAAGAACAAAAGCCCACCAGCUGAAUUUAUGCAUAUGAUUGGAAGUGAUAAACAGGGACAGAUGAUUGUUUAUCACUUAAUUGAAAUUUUGAAAAAUAAUCACAGACUACCAAACCCAGAAGGAUGUCCAGAUGAGAUCUACAAAAUCAUGCUGGAGUGCUGGAAUAAUGAUACUUGCCAAAGACCUUCAUUUAAGGAUCUUUCCCAGAGAGUGGACAGUUUCAGGGACAGCAAGGGUGGAUGAAACAUAUGUCCAGUUUUAAAAUGCAUUUUUCAUUCUGUCUGCAGUAGACAUCGGAUUUCAGUUGCAGAAGAGUACGAAAAAGCUGGAAAAGAAGUAACAGAUUUUCUGGCCACAUCAACAUUUGUUUUGCCUCAGAAACACUUUACUUCCAUAGAAAUUUCCUCAAAGGCAAUUUAUCCAGCGAAAAGAUUCUUUGGAGUUGGUUUCUCUUAUAUUGUACAUUUUAAACAUGAUAUUUGCCAUUAUUUAAAUUGGGCAAAUAACUGUGAAAAGUCUAUAGUUUGUACGAGUAAUAUCUUGUACAUUAAGAAAAAAAUGUUUAAUUUUUUAAUUUUAUAAACAAAUGCAAUGCAAAUUAUAUUUGAGUAGUCCUUAAACAUUGAAUGUAAAUUAAAAACAUGGUUUGAAUAUAUUGCACAAUGGCUUGUAAGAUAUGAAUACUGGUAUAUAAUUUUGUAUUUUUUUUCAUUUUAAUGCAGAUGCUUUCAGUUUUAAAAAACAAUAUAUAUAUAUAUAUAUAUAUAUAUAUAUAUAUAUAUAUAUAUAUAUAU